AUGUCAGACCAGGUGCGAGAGCCGGUGACAGUGCCCACCAAGAGGGAGCACGCCGUGGACGGUGGGAGUGCGGAGGGGAGCUCCGACUUCUGCAUCACGGCUUCGGGUGCUGAUUUGGGCGGACUGUUGGACCUUGAGACUCUGUAUCAGGGUGUUGAACGCAGUAUUAACCAGAGCCGACGAGCCCGCAGACAGCUGCCGGAACGAAUCUACAACAUUGAGGUUUUGCUGGGGGUGGACGACUCCGUGGUGCAGUUUCACGGGCAGCAGAAAGUGGAGAAGUACCUUCUCACUCUUAUGAACAUCGUGAACGAGAUUUAUCAUGACCAUUCUCUCGGGGCACGAAUAAACGUGGUGCUAGUUCGGAUUGUUUUGGUCGAUGCCAGAAAAUCCACGAGCCUCAUUGAGCUGGGUAAUCCUUCUCAGAGUCUGGAGAAUGUGUGCCGCUGGGCUUUUGAACAGCAGAGGAAGGACACUAACGAUAAAGAAUACCAUGAUCACGCCAUCUUUCUCACUCGUCAAGAGUUUGGACCCACAGGGAUGCAGGGUUACGCUCCUGUCACAGGCAUGUGUCAUCCCGUACGGAGCUGCACUCUCAACCAUGAGGACGGUUUCUCAUCAGCUUUUGUUGUGGCGCAUGAAACCGGCCACGUGUUGGGAAUGGAGCAUGAUGGGCAGGGGAAUCGUUGUGGAGAUGAGGUGCAGAUGGGGAGCAUCAUGGCUCCACUGGUGCAGGCGGCUUUCCACCGCUUCCACUGGUCCCGCUGCAGUCAACAGGAACUGGGCCGCUACCUGCAUUCGUAUGAUUGUCUCCGUGACGACCCGUUCGAGCACAAAUGGGAAGAGCUUCCACACCCGCCCGGGCUGCAUUACUCCAUGCACGAACAGUGUCGCUUUGACUUCGGGGCCGGAUACAUGAUGUGCACAGCGUAUCGCCCCUUUGACCCCUGUAAGCAGCUUUGGUGUGCUCACCCAGACAACCCCUUUUUCUGCAAGACCAAAAAAGGUCCGCCCAUUGAUGGCACUAAAUGCGGUGAUGGGAAGCACUGUUUUAAAGGCCACUGUAUGCAGUUGACUCCAGACAUCAUAAAACGGGACGGAAGCUGGGGGAUGUGGAGUGAGUUUGGUGCCUGCUCUCACCCCUGUGGAAGGGGACUACAGUUUCGCACACGAGCUUGUGACAAUCCACGUCCAGCUAACGGUGGACGUAUUUGCUCCGGCCCAAGUUAUCAGUUCCAGAUUUGUAAUACGCAUGAGUGUGAGGACCCGUACCACGACUACAGAGCCGAGCAAUGUAGCAUGAUGGACAACAAGUUUGAGUACCAGAAUACCUGGCACCACUGGCUGCCUUAUGAACACCCCGACCGUAAAGUGGCUGUCAGGAAUAAAGCGUCAGGUGAUUUCUUUCUCAACGCCCAUGGAGACUACCCAGAGACACGUUCAGUUAUUGAAAAAGGUCUGGAAUGGGAGUAUGAAAAUAAAAACAACAAGGACACCAUUCAAACCAGCGGACCCUUGAAAAGCGACAUGGUUGUCAUGAUCCGAAUGCAUGGAUCAGCCAAGGUGAAGGUGUCAAUCAAAUACAUCACUGACAAUGACAGACUGUGUGAUGGUACCAAUGAGAAUAACAUGGUUCCUGAUAAUGCGGUGCCAUAUUCCUGGGUGGUGAAAAGAUGGACACCCUGUUCCAAGACCUGUGGAGGAGGUAUUCAGAUGACGCGUUAUGGCUGCCGUAAGAAUGCAGAGAUGAGGAUGGUCCAUCGCAGAUUCUGUGAGAAAAUCAAGCAGCCUCCGCCCCUGUUUAGAGACUGUUACUUGAGAGAGUGUGCUCAGCCCAUCUGGGUGGCUGGAGAGUGGGGCGAAUGCAGUAAGUCUUGUGGGAAGACGGGAACUCAGACACGUUCCGUACGCUGUGUCCAACCUCUGGGCGACGGCAAGUUCAAAUCCAUUCGCAGCCGUUACUGCAGUGAUGAGCGCCCAGAGUCCCGCAGAGACUGCAAUCGCAACUUGUGCCCUGCUGAGUGGAGGCUGGGCCCCUGGUCACAGUGCUCAGUGACAUGUGGUAAUGGUACGCAGGAGAGGCAGGUGCUUUGUCAUACUCGUGACAACACCAUUGGACUCUGUCUGGACUCCAAACCUGCUGCAUUGAGACCCUGCAGAAUGGAUCCCUGCCCAAGGAGCGCUUCCGACUUCAACAAGCAUGGCAACUUCCUGAUACAGUGGUUGUCGCGUCACGACCCCAAAUACCCCGUGCAGAGGAUGUCAAAACGUUGUCAUGGUGACCGUUCUGCAUUCUGUGGCAUGGAGGUGCUGCAGCAGUAUUGCUCUCUGCCGGGCUUCCAGCGCAUGUGCUGCAAGUCCUGCAAGGUUGGCAAUAUCACAAAGACCACUGUGGCCACAAGUAAGCCACCAUCCAAAACGAAAAUCACCACCAACGGACGAUCCACCACAACCCAAAGUCCCACACGCACAGAGUCCACCACCGUGUGGACCUCCACAGCAGCCUUUUUGCCGACCACAGAAGGGAAAAGGGCCACAUCUGUGAGCACACCUUGGUUAUAUACCAUUUUAGCAAUGUCACCCUUUUAUCCAUAUACUGCAACUCCUAUCUAUAAGCCAGCUACUCCAGAACAGAGCACAUCCUUUGCCAUUACUACACCAAGUAGGAUCACAUCUGCUCCUGCGGACGUGACUGAAUUACCUGUUAGCACUGUUUCUGCAGCAACAAGGAUCACAUCUGCACUUGCAGAUGUGGAAAACAACACCAAAUUACCUGUUAGCACUGUUUCUGCAGCAACAAGGAUCACAUCUGCACUUGCAGAUGUGGCAAACGGCACCGAAUUACCUGUUAGCACUGUUUCUGCAGCAACAAGGACCACAUCUGCACCUGGAAAUGACGUGACCGAAUUACCUGUUAGCACUGUUUCUGCAGCAACAAGGACCACAUCUGCACCUGGAAAUGACGUGACCGAAUUAUCUGUUAGCACUGUUUCUGCAGCUACAAGGAUCACAUCUGCACCUGGAAAUGACGUGACCGAAUUACCUGUUAGCACUGUUUCUGCAGCUACAAGGAUCACAUCUGCACCUACAGAUGUGGCAAACAGCACCGAAUUACCUGUUAGCACUGUUUCUGCAGCAACAAGGAUCACAUCUGCACCUGCAGAUGAUGUGGCAAACAGCACCGAAUUACCUGUUAGCACUGUUUUCCCAGUAAUUUUCAGUGAUCUGAAUAAUGGCAUCACCGUCCAGUUUAAAGAGUUUGAUGGGAGUAGUGGUGCACCAGAUGUAGACAGCAGUGCGAUAUUGCAGUCAACAACAGUGAAUGGUGUGAAUGAAAGGGAAUUGACAACCUCAGUCAAUAUGGAUGUCAGCAUCCCAGUGACAUCUAUAUCAGAGGUGCUAACAACCACUGAAGAACCUGCUCCCCUGGUACCAACUUCUGUAUCUACAACUUCCAGUACACCACUGUCCAGUACAACAGCAUCUGGCACAGAGAAGACAAGUGGAUGGCCAAAUAAAGUGGAAGAAGUGAGUGAGAGCAACGUUAUUGAUAUACCAUAUCAAAUAAUCCCAUUGGACAAUGAGUUUCCUGUGAAUAACAUCAUCCCCAGGAGAGGACGUGUGUUUCUGCGUGAGAAAACACGGAAUAAGCGCAUCCAGGAACUGCUUGAGGAGAAGCGAAACUUUUUGAGACGGAUGAAAAGAGCACAGGGGAUUUGAACCCUGUCCAGUUUCUCUUAUAGAGAUACAGCUGCCAAAUGCAACUUCUGAAUCUAGACUUUAUUUUGGUGCUUGGGUCAAGAACUGGAAAAUGGCCAAAAUAUUGCUGUGAACUGAUGCUUUGCCCUCUUUUAAUGACAUGGCAAACUGAUCUUUGUGGAGCAAAACCACUAGCAAGUGUUUGCAUAGUUGCUUUGAACCUCAACAAUGUCCCUUUAGGAGGUUUCACUGGAAAUUCUAAUUCAAAGUGAUUUAUCAUUUUAAAGGAUUAGUUCAGCCAAAAAUGGAAAUUCUGUCAUCAUU